UUGCUGCUUUUGUCUUUCCACCAACCUUUUUGCGUAAUGGCACGGAGGCAUCUCCUGGGGUUGCAACCAUUUAUUUUUAGGACGGAGGAGAAAAAAAAAGGCAGAAAGACAGGAGCGCGAUGAAGUGGGUGGGAUCGUUUCUCACUCCCUCUCUCUCUCCUCUCCCUCUCUUUCUCUCUCUCAGUGUGCGUGCGUGUGUGUGUGUGUGUGUGUGUGUGUGACGGCGCGUGUGUUAUGGUGUGUUUGUGUGUGUCUGCGUGUGUGUGUGAAGUGUAUAAGUACAGAUCUGUCACUCCGCACUUCACUUUUACGCAGUGGAGAUAUCGACAUCCAUUCCGGCCAUGAAACUGAUAGUGCUCUUCACAGCAUCUCUGUCCUGGACCCUGCAGCAGCAGGCUCUACCUCCGAAGUACCAGUACUGGGACCCGCUGACGUCGGAACUCCUGCUGUGUGACAAGUGUGCUCCUGGGACGGCAGUGAAGCGACACUGCACCGCCGACACACCCACGGAGUGUCAGCCCUGUCCUGAGAGACACUUUGCUGAAAACUGGCACUGGGGGGAUUCCUGCCAAUACUGCACCUCGGUGUGUAAAGAGAGGCAGUUGGUGAAGCAGCACUGUAACAGCACACAUGACCAGGUCUGUGAGUGUGCGCCGGGAUUUCACCUAGUGGUGGAGUUCUGCAUCACACACAGCACCUGUACACCUGGCUAUGGAGUGACAGCCUUAGGAACUCCGGUCUCUGACACUGUCUGUGAGCCGUGUCCCCCUGGUUAUUUCUCUGCCGUCAACUCAGUCUCUGAUCCAUGUCAGCCCCACACUAACUGCUCAGACUUGGGCCUGAAGACUCUGCGAUGGGGCACCACCACUUCAGACAGUGUCUGUCAGGACAAGGCAGCCACGCUGCAGUGCUCUCAGCAUCACAGUCUGUGCCAAACUGAUGUGACUCUGUGUGAGGAGGCCGUCUUCCAGUCUCUUGCUUCACUGAAGUUGCCCUCUAUGCCCCUGGAGCGGCUGUUAGAGAGUCUCCCUGGUCGAAAAGUGGAUCGUAAGAGCUUGGAGAGCCUGAAGAAGGCCUGCUCUCCUCACCAGCAGGUCUUCCACCUGCUGCGACUAUGGAGGGAGCAGAACAAGGACCAGGACAAGCUGUACAGAAUCAUACAAGGUGUUAACCACUGUGAAAAGAAGGUGUCCCGCUGCCACGGCCUGAAGAACCUGACUCUAGAAGAUCUACUAACAGUAGCCAACAGCCUUCCUGGGGAAAGAGAUCAGCAUGCAGACGUUCAGGCGGUGUUCACUUCCUGUUUGCCCCGACAGUACAUCGUUGAGAUUCUUCACCUCUGGAAAUCAGCUAACUACAAUUUAGAUCUAGUCAAAGGUCUGUAUCACAGUCUGAGGGUGUUGCGCAGCCAGGGGGCGCCACGCUAUCUGUUUAAAAUCUUAAAGAAGAUCAGUCGCAUCAUUGGGACUACGUCUUCACAUAAGAUGUACGAGAAACAGUUUGUCAACAUGCUAUGUUUCAAGGCCCAUAAACCAUUAAAUGAAUAGGAAAACUAGGGAUAAAAACACAAAUAGACACUAAUGCGUCAUUGUACAAUUAAAACACAACCCACAGUCAACACAAAUCUGUAAUUUUGACAAUUGAAAGAAAAAGAAACUUAUAUUUUUGCAUUCUUCAGACGAAGACCG